CCUGCCAGCCUCUGGCGCACACUGGCGCUGGCGGUCGCAGAGGCCCCGACGCGCCCCGCCGGGCCUGCUGAGCUGCCCCCGGGCCGGGGUCCCUCCUGGCCACGCUGUGCCCAGGCGGUGCAGCGCUGCCUGUAUGACCUCCUUCCGGCGGCGCGGGGAAAAGGCGACCAUCUGCCUCCAGGAGCAUGUGGUCAUCGACAUGUACCCCGCACCCAUAUCUCUGGCUACUUCCUGCGGGAGCUCCCCCAUGACGCCCCCGCUUGCCUGGCCACCUCCGACGUCGCCCACGACGACGAGGAUGGGGACCAUCUCUUCGGAGCCUAAGGAUCCAGCCCAGGUCCCAGCCCUGCGCAGCCGCCCUCCAAGCUGCCAGAGGACUAGCUGGACGCCGAAGGCUACGAGAGGACGACUGCAGACCGCGGACCUUCGCCCACCGGUUGCGCCCGCUGCCCCAGGGCAGAAAGGACCACCCUCCUCCCGGACGGAGCCCCGAGCCCCAUGGAGCACGCAAGCGCCGGAGUCCCUGGGCCAAGGCAAGGACCUGAAGCCCAUGGACCACAGUGGGCUGUCAGACACCUGUGUCAAGCUGCACCUGCGGCCAGGAGCCAGGAAGGCAAAUAAGCUGAGAACAAAACUCUCCGUAACACUUUGGACCCCGCAUGGAACAAAACCCUCAUUUCCUAUGGGAUCACAGAUGAAGACAUGAUCCACAAGACCCUGCAGUGGGUGAGGGCCCUCGGCUGCCUGCUCCACCCAGAGAAACUGAUGCUGGUGCAGGCUCAGGUUCAGACCUCAGACCCAAGUCUCCCACUUUGCUCCCUUUCUCCUCCGGAGGGACCUGGAGGACAGAGUGUGCCCCUCCUCCUUCCCGGCAUAAGCAUCAGGUCAGUUGCAGUGCAGAAAAGGGUCCCUUGUGCUUGGAAAAAAGAGCAAGCAUUCCUCCUGGUUCUCACUCUGCCCUUCCCCUUCCCCUCCACUUCCUGGUUCACGCCGAGUACUCGGGGCCUCCAGGUGGUUGCUCAUGGCAUCGUGGCCCUACCACCACCACAGAUGUCCCUUUCAGGAGGACUUGGGGGCAGUCCAGGGCCCUGUCUCUGGGGAGGCCUGUGGGGCUGGCUCCACACUGUGACCACAACUUUGUAGAUUCCCCAUGAUGUAUAUUGGAUUGUGCACACGUGCACACACACACAUUUGGAGCAGGUGUAAGCGCACACUUAAGAGUGUGUACCCAUACACACGUACACAUAUCAUGAAAAAUCUGUAAUGAAACGUAUCAAAAUGAAAAAUAUCAAAAUCUCCAGGUGGUAAGAGAAUAGGUAAUUUUUUCUUACAUGUGUGUCUUGUUUUGUGUUUUCCAAAUGUUUCACAAUGAAGAGUCAUUACUUUUAUGAUAUGGAAAAACAGAUGUUAUUUAGAAACCUAAUCUAUAAUGGCUAUAGUAUUAAAAUAAUUUAGUCUGGGCAUAGUGUCUCACACCUGCCAUCCCAGCAAUUUGGGAGGCUAAAGCAGGAGGAUGGCUUGAGGCCAGGAGUUUGAGACAAGUCUGGGCAACAUAGCGAGUCCCCCAUCUCUACCAAAAAAAAAAAAAUUAAAAAUUAAAAUAAAUAAAAUAAUUUAAACAGUUUGAUGAAAGAGAGUGAAAACAAAUUUGGGGAGUAGAUUACAUGAAGGCUGGGAAUCCACUGGGCUGAGUGGCCUUUUGCUUAACAUCCCAAAAUGGAACAACCAAACACGGCUUCAGGAACUCUUCCAGCACCUGCCAGCCUGUGUGGCCUGUACUUCUCUGGAGAGGAAACCCACUGGCCCAGUUUGGAAAAGAAUCUAGUAUGAGACUGUAUCUGAUUUAUCUGUUUAUUGAGACAGGGUCUCACUGUCACCCACGCUCGGUGCAGUGGCACAAUCUCAACUCACUGUAGCCUUGACUUCUUGGA